UGCAUGCCACGAGACCAUUUAUCUUUCAAAUAAAGUGGUCACAAAAUUAGGAGCCGUAGGUCUCUCUCUCCCUCUCUCUUAUCGACUCCAAAACCUUUCCCUCUCAUGGCGUAACUGUAACAGUCUCUCACUACCUGUAAACAAAGCGUAAUAGGAUUGGAUGGGAACUCCUGGCAAAUGCUUGCUAGUAGGAUUGGGAAGACCACCUUGGUUAUGAGGGUCUUGAAUCGCCCGGAGCGUCCAAACCCAAUUUGAAAGUUUAGGGCUUCUAUACUCGUGAGAUCAGACAAGGAACUGAAAGCGUGGGCUUUGAAGUGGUGACAUUAGAUGGCAGGAGUGGAAGUCUUGCAUCUACUUCUGUAAGGCCGAAUUCAACCGAUUCCCGAUCCAAAAUGCCGAUUCACCGAUCCAGAUGGGUUUUGGGGUGCCUGAUCCAGGGUACCGAUCUGUUUUUUAAACCACUACUCCAAAUCCAAUUUGACUGUUUACGACUUCUAUACUUGUGAGCACCUUUUCUUCCCUACUCAUUUUAUGCGUCUUUUGCAACUCUCUCUCUCUCUAAAGUUACUGUCAAUUUUUCUUUCGAGUUAUUAAUUAGUCUUAAUUAGUGAAUGUUCUAUUUCAAGUGGUGUAACUACUGCCAUUCCAUAGGGUUACAAUCUUUGAGGUUUUUAUUGUAUUGAUGUUUGAAGAAGUUAUAUUUACUAUUGAUUUGGAAAAUAUGGCAAAUCAUGGAACUCUUGUUUCUUUUAUUAGUUUAUUGAGGUUUCAUAAUUUUAUUCAUUGGGUUGAUUUUUUAAAUUACCGAGGCUUUUCAUUUAUUUUGUGUAGAAAGGUUUAUUAUGGUUUAAAAAUGGCAUAUAUAAAUAUCUAGGUUUACGUGACCGAAAAAUUAUCAUUACCCCACAAAACAGGUCUUUUUUUUUUUUCUUCAUUUCAUUAUUUUAUAAAAUCGAAUCACUUUUAUUUAUGUAUGACAGAAUGGUGGAGUAGAUAUGAGAAUUUAAUAUUGGCUUAUCUUGGAAGUACUUUUUGCUUAAUUUCCUUUGUGAUCAUCUAAUGUACAAUUAUGUAAUUGAAAUAUUUGACAUUGAUAAUAUUUAGACCAUGCCCUGCUUUUUAGCUAGGAAAUUAUGUCUUUAUUGCCCUAUUUUUUUCACAGCAAUAAAUUUUGAAACUCAUUGUUUUUGUGCAUAUUUUCUUGCUCAUCACGAUGUUGGCUCAGAUGACGGAUAUGUUCGAAUUGGUAUGGUCAACCACGUGAAUCCAAAUGAGGAGUUCUUGUAUAAUUACUGCCAACCAUAAGAUCAGCAGUUGUCUGAUGCCUCCUUGUGGACUUGCUUGUCUGUUGAAAGUGAGAUCAGACAAGGAACUGAAAGCGUGGGCUUUGAAGUGGUGACAUUAGAUGGCAGGAGUGGAAGUCUUGCAUCUACUUCUGUAAGGGGACUAAAUCUGACUGUGAAAAAAACUUCUUCUACCUGCUGAUUUCUUUGGCCUUGUCUGAAUUAAAGGUUGAUACUGGCGGUAUUCUUGUUUAUCUCACUGGCCAUACCCAGUGCCAUGAAACAUUUACAUGAAGAAACCAGCAAUCCCAAACUUCGAAAUCACAUCGCUCUUCCACUGCAAACCCACUCCUCCCAUCAAAUUCAAGUCCCUCCAAAACCAGAGCAACCAAGCAUCCAAACCCAACAACCCCACAUCUUGGAACUCAAUACUCUUUUCCCUCUCUUUGUUGAACCAACCCGACGAAGCCCUUGCGUUGUUCGCUUGCAUGCACCGCUCAGGCUGCAAACCCGACAACUACACGUUCCACCCCGUCCUCAAGGCUUGCACCACCCUCUCCUCCCUUCACUUGGGGAAAAUGGCCCACAAUUUGGUGGCCAAGUUGGGCCAUGGCUCAGAUGAAGGUGUCUCCAAAGGCCUUCUCAAUUUAUACGCAAAAUGUGGUGCUUCAAGUGAGGCUAGCUGCCUGUUUCAAGAGAUGCCGCAUCGGGAUGUGGUUACAUGGAACAUUUGUGUCUCGGCUUCUGUACAAACCAUGCGUUAUGCUGAGGCUUUGACGCUCGUGCACGAGAUGCAUGAGAGUGAAGAGAUGCCUAUGCCCAAUUCCAUUACUCUAGCUGUUGCUUUCACUGCUUGUGCAAAGUUAAAUGCUCUAUUGAGUAGUCAAGGCCUCCAUGGCUAUGCAAUAAAGAUGGGUUUCGAGUCUUGGACUCUUGUUGCCAAUGCAAUUCUUUCGAUGUAUUCGAAGUGCCAGAAAGUAUUGGAUGCUUGUAAAUUGUUUGAUUGGCUUCCUGAUAGGGAUGUUGUUUCAUGGAAUGCUAUAAUUGCAGGGUGUGCUCAAAAUGGGCUAUUUGAGGAGGCGUUUGGAUACUUUCAAUGCAUGGUUUCAGGCAAGGAUCAGGCCCCGAAUUAUGCAACCAUCGCUACUGUGCUUUCAAUAUGUGCUGAAUUAGAAGGUCAAUGUGAAGAGGGUGAGGAGGUCCAUUGCUAUGUCGAGAAAGUCGGGUUGGUAUCGAACUCAAGUGUGGCCAAUGCCCUUUUGAGCUAUUACUCGAGGGUUGAGGACAUGGAGGGAGCAGAACGCGUUUUUAGAGAGAUGAAAUGGAGAGAUAUCGUUUCAUGGAAUGCAGUUAUUGCUGGAUAUGCUCAGAAUGGUUGGUUAAGUAAAGCCGUUGAAUUUUUCAGGGAUUUGCUUUGUGAUGGGAUGAAUCCUGAAUCCAUAACCAUCAUCUCUUUGCUGCCUCUUUGUGCUCAACUGGGUCAUGUGCAUGUGGGAAGGAUGAUUCAUGGCCUCAUAGCCAUGGACAUGGGGUUACAUGAUAAUGUUGCUGUGAGAAAUGCUUUGAUCAGUUUCUAUGCAAAGUGUGGGGAAACAGUGGAUGCAUAUCUGACGUUUGAGACGAUGCCCAAUAGAGAUAUAAUAUCAUGGAACACAAUGCUUGCAACUUGUGCCCAAAUUGGAGAAGAGGAUAAAAUCGGUAGUCUCUUGAAUCGAAUGAUAAUGGAAGGAACCAAGCCUGAUUCUGUAACCAUCCUAAGCAUUAUCUCCUUUUAUAUCAACCCAAGACAUGGCAAGGAGGUGCACGGCUAUUGCAUACGAUCCGGUCUCUCACUUGAACUAGCAGUUGGGAACGCAUUGUUGGACAUGUAUGCGAAAUGUGGGAGCGUCCAUCAUGCGUUCAUGGUUUUCAAGAACAUGUCUGAGAAGAAUGUGAUCACGGGCAAUGCAAUGAUAUUUGGAUUUGCAAAAAAUUGUUGUCCAGAUGAUGCAGAAACUAUCUUCCGUGAAAUGCGUGAAAGGGAUCUUACCACUUGGAAUUUGAUGAUUCAAUUGAAUGCUGAGAAUACCAAUCCGGAUCGAGCCAUUGACUUGUUUCAUGAUUUGCAAAAUCAAGGGAUGAGACCUGAUGCCAUAAGCAUUAUGAGCAUCCUCCCUGCAUGCGCAUGUUUGGCAUCCAUGCACAUAGUGAAACAAUGCCACGCAUACAUAACGAGAUCAUAUUUCAGCGAUGUAUGCUUGGAAGGAACACUCUUGGAUAUGUACUCUAAGUGUGGAAGCAUAAAAGAUGCACACAAGCUCUUUAGUACAAGAUCCAAGAGGGACAUGGUUAUGUUCACUGCCAUGAUGGGUGGCUAUGCCAUGCAUGGUCAUGCCAAAGACGCAUUGCAAGUCUUCACCCUUAUGGUAUAUUCAGGCAUAAAGCCUGACCAUGUUGUGAUGACCACUGUUCUCACCGCAUGUAGCCAUGCAUGCCUCAUAGAUGAAGGAUGGAAGCACUUCAAGUCCAUGUAUGAUGCAUAUGGAAUCAAGCCCACCAUGGAGCAUUAUGCAUGCAUGGUGGACAUGCUAGCCCGAGCUGGACAUCUCAAUGAAGCAUAUGAAUUCAUAUUGAGCAUGCCAUGUGAAGCCAAUGCCAACGUAUGGGGGACCUUACUUGGUGCAUGUAAAAUCCAUGGGAGUGUGGAGCUCGGAAGGCUUGCUGCAUAUCGACUGUUUGAUCUGGAGGCAAGUAACACAGGGAAUUAUGUGGUUUUGUCUAAUAUUUAUGCAGCUAAUGGGAGAUGGGAGGGGGUUGAAGAGGUGAGAAGGUUGAUGAAGCAAAGGGAUUUGAAAAAGGCUGCAGGAUGCAGUUGGAUUGAACUUGAGAGAAGGACACAUAUAUUUGUGGUUGGAGAUACUUCGCAUCCUCAAAGGCUGGUUAUCUAUAGCAUUUUGGAAGGUUUAGACCAGCAAAUGAAGGAGCCCAUCUGCAUUUUGGAGGAAGGAUAGAAAUGGAAGAUAGGAGAGAAACAAGGUAAAAUAGAGAGAAAGGGCAGAGAGAGAUAAAAGUCAUGGAGCAGAGAGAAGAACAGAGAACAGGAUGAAAUUGGAGAGGAGAGAAAGCAAGCCAACGCAAAGAACUUCAGGGAAAAGGGAGUCGUUGACAAGAGAAUGAGAAAAAGGGCAGAAAUGGAGAAAAAUGUGGAAAAGCAAGCUGGAAAAGAGAGAAGGGUGAAACCUGUGAGGAAAGACGAAAAAACAGCAAUUGUGAGGAGUGUGGAGAGGAGAAAAGGAGAAGUCAAAGUAGGAGACAAGCAAAAGAAGAGAGAAGCGGACAGCAAGAUAAUUGCAAAGGAAGCUAUAAGAAGGAGAACAGAGAUCAGAGAAAGAAACAAGGACUAUAAGAACAGAGGCGGUUGUGUUCCAGAUUUGGUUGUUGCUCUCUCCCUUGAAACCAUUUAGUCAUGCUCAUCCCAUUACAUUCAAAUACAAGCACUUCCAAGCAUGGCUCUUUGUGGGGCUCCACAGUUAGGAGUACUGUGAUAACUAACAUGAUAUUCCCAACAAGAAAAUCAAUAAAUGGAAUACAUGAUAGCAAACAAUGAAUCAAGAAAUUUAUAGCACAAUAUCAGGGAAUUGAAGAUGUUCUUUUACUGACCAUAAAUGAAAGCAACUAAUAAGAAGAUGAGUUCUGCCACAUCAAGCUUUGAAGAGGAAAACAGAGAAUGAUAUUGAUUUGGAAAAGUUAACAUGUGGAAUCUUUUGCAAGAAUUUCAGGUGGCAAUUGUUUUUGAGAAUGUUAACAUUGUGUUACUAUAAGUUUUAAAUACAAGCAGUAUCCCCUAAUCAAGGGUAAUUGAACGGACAGAUACAGCUAGAACUAAAGCAAAAAGCUCCCAUCAAGAAAGUGAGCCAAGGGGUGCCCGAAACCACUAGGGCCCAGGGCCCAGCUCCCUCUUUGGCCAAUUUAUCCGCAAGAGAGUUACUCUCUUACCACACAUGGUUCCAAGAGAAGGAAAUCCCAGAGCACAUGUGGGCUAUUUCUUCAAACACAUGGGCGAGGGUCCAUGGGUAGGUGCUCGCCAACGAAGCCCACUGGAUGAUGUUGUGUUAGUCUCCUUCAGCUAUCAAAGGGAGGGUCCAGCUUUCAAGUGGCACAUUUUAUAAAAGAAAUUCAGUUUGUCAACAAGUUAUCUGAAAGGCUUUGUCCUAGACGAGGUUUUUUUGUAUGACUGGAAACUUCUUAUUAAAAUUUUGACUCUGAAUACCAUCAAAAGAGGUUGAAAAAAAAA